CUGGACCGUGGUGGCCACCGUGCAGGCCAUGGAGAGGAAGAUCGACCUGUUGGCCACGCGCCUGCUCAGCCUGGAGGGCAGGUCCGGCACGGCCGAGAAGAAGCUCCUGGACUGCGAGAAAACCACGAUGGAGUUUGGCAACCAGCUGGAGAGCAAAUGGGCCGUGCUGGGCACCCUGAUCCAGGAGUACGGGCAGCUCCAGCGGCGCCUGGAGAACAUGGAGAACCUGCUGAAGAACAGGAACUUCUGGAUCCUGCGGCGGCAGCCGGGCACCCGGGGCGAGGUCCCCAAGGUCGCAACGGCCUUUGGAAAUGACACUGCUUCCUUUUCUGAGCGAGAGUGGGAGAAUCCAGAAGAAGAGCAGAAAGAGCUGUACAAAAAUGUGAUGAAAGGGAACUAUGAGUCUCUGAUCUCUUUGGACUAUGCAAUCUCCAAACCUGACCUCCUGUCCCAGAUUGAGAGAGGAGAAGCACCCUGCGGUGGGAACCAGGUGGACUCGGGAGAAAGAGACAUUCCUGCAGAACCAAGCGCAGCAGAGUCUCUGGCAUUUACGUGUGAUGUGAGCAGCCAGGACAACGGAGAAGGAGCGCCGUGCCUGAGAGGACAGGAUGACCCGCAGGAGAGAAGGAAUACGCUGGCUGAACCCAGAACUGCAGACUACGCCAUUCCAGAGCCAAGCUUUCCAUGCGUUGUGAAGCAAGAGGAAGAGCCGUGCGUGGAGGAGCGCGGAGCCACGGAGGUUGCAGAAUUUGCAGAGCUCAGUGUGGUUCCAGCAGAUGAAGUGCUGACAUUCAAAAUAGAACAGCUGGACUCUUACGAAUCUCUUCACAGCUCAGAGACCCCCAGGACAUUAUCCAGGGAAGCACAGGAGCUUGUUUUCCAGGGUCCCAGUGAGGAGCUGCCCUUUGAUAGUCAGUACAGCUCCCCGGUGCAGCAGAGAAACCAGAGGACAAGUGGGCUGGUACCAUCUUCUCCAGAGGAAGGGGGUCUUAGUGAAAGCAACGCUGUCACGUUUUACGGGCAAAGCUGUCCCAGUGAGAGACCUCACACAUGUGGUGCCUGUGGGAAGGGCUUCCGGCUAAAGAAGAUCCUCACAAUGCACCAGCAGAGCCAUGGCGCGCUGUGCUGUGGUGAGCACACUGAGCACGACGAGAGCUUCCUGCAUCAGCAGCACUUCAAGCUGCAGCAGCAGAUCCACGCGGAAGACAGGACCCAUGCAGCUGUGGAGCGCACGGAGAGCCUCAAGCAGAACAACAGUGCAAAAGCCCACCCCAGGAUCCCAGCCACAGACAAAGCAUACAGCAGUCCCAAAUGCAUGAAAAGCGUCAACACCAACGGCAGCUACAGGCCAAGUCAAAAGAGCCAGCUGCGGGAUAAACCUUACAAGUGCAACAAGUGUCAGGAGAGCUUCUCGCAGAAGAAAACGCUCGCCAUCCACCAGCGUGUGCAUUCGGGCCGGAGUGGAGGGGUCCUGGGUUGCUCGUACUGUGGGAAGACCUUCAGCCACCCCUCCAAUCUGAUCCGGCAUCAGAGGAUCCACACUGGAGAGAGGCCAUACCAAUGCAGCGAGUGCUCAAAGAGCUUCACCCAGAAGCAGCACCUCCUCCAGCACCAGAAGAUCCACCUGCGUGAGAGGAACCCUGUGGGUACACAGAACGUGCGAAAGGCACCACUAAACAACUUCUUCACUCUUGGCAACUACAGGCGCGCACAAGGUGAGGCCUUGCUGAUGGUCUGCUCGGAGGCCGCGUUCACCAAGGAGGGGCAGCCACAUUUGUCCCUACAAACAGAACAUCCAGUUUAUGCGGAAGACAGCUUAAUGGACAUUAAGCAAGAGGAGGAGUUGUGCGCUGCAGGUCUGGAGGAGGUGGAGGCUAGAGAAGGUCCUGAAGAGCCCUGCCUAGCAGAGCAAGCAUUUUAUGAGCCUGACGCUUCAACUCGGACCAAGAGAGGCAAAGAGGUUCGUGUCAGAGAGCUGCCAGAUGCCGAGGGCGAGGACCUCCUUGGAGACCCUUACGCAGGGUUUCAGGCUUGUGCAACUGAUGUUUUAUCUUGGAUUAAACAAGAGGAGGAGCCAUACCUCCAUGAACGACAAGACUUGGAGAAAGAAGAAAUCUCUACAGAUCCCAGUACAGUGAAUGAUGAAAACACAAAGAGUAAUCCUCGGGCAGAUUGUUUUGAAAGCGCCGUGUGUGACUCUGAUGUACUGGGAACACCUGGAGAGAAGGUUUCCGAGGCUCCCAGUCCUGGAGUGACAUGGGACAGUCAGUGGAAUUCAGAAAUGAUGGAAGCAGCCACUACCGAGAACAACGCUGGGGAUUACACUCGCAAUGACCAACGGUUCGGUGAGGACUUAGAUUUCUUUAGCACUCAGGAAAACAGUGUCGGAGAGAGACCACACGCAUACAACAGAGGUGAGAGGAACUCUAGCCGGCAGGGGCACCUUCAGACUCCGCAGGGAGCCCAAGAAGGGGAGAUGUUUCCAGGCCCUACGUCUGAGAACAGUCUCAAGGACAGGGUGUUUCAUACGCUGCGCUCACACCCGUGCGCUCCAAGUGAGAAACGCGUCCGGCAAAGGGCUGCUCCUGACUGCCGAGAGGGGCUGCCCCCAGGGCAGCAGCGAGUGGCCUGCACCGAGUACGGACAAAACCCCAAAGGCACAACCAGGCUUAGUGACCACAGUGGCCUUUGUGGAGGGGAUCGGCCGUCUGCGUGCGCAGAAAGUGGGGAGAACUUCCCCGCAGAAAACUCAUUAACCAGCCCCUGCCGGGAUCACCCAGGGGACAAGUCGGACGCGUGUGCCAUGUGUGGGCAACACUACCCACCCAAGGGCAGCUUAGCAAGCCAGCAGCAGAGCCAGGGGAAAGGGAAGUCCUACAUAUGCAGUGACUGUGGGAAAAGCUUCACUUGCCAUUCGUGGCUUGUUAGACAUCAGAUGACUCACACAGGAGAGAGGCCAUACAAGUGCUCUGAGUGUGACAAAAGCUACAGGAGAAAGGAUUAUCUUCUAAAGCACCAGCGCCAGCAUUCAGGAGAAAGGCUGUUCCAGUGCCAUCUGUGCAAGAAAAGGUUUGUGCUCAGGAAGAGUUUCAUGAAGCAUCAGGAAAGUCACACGCAAGAAACACAGGUAACUUUAGCCAACUGGCACGGCACAGACAUCAGGGGAUCUGUAAUGCCCUCCAUGUAGCAAAGCCUGUCCAGCAGUGGGUUUCACAGGCUGUUUGGAUAUCACCCAUGCUGGGCGGGAAGGCAGGGUUGCAGCAGGAUCGCCCAAUUCUGGGCUGCACUGUGGGCAGGAGGAGGGUGUUGAACCGCCUUUCCGACCCCCCUCCGAGGGAAGGGAAGAACACUGGGUAUUUGUCUUUGCAGGCUGCCUAGAAGUGAUCUGUGGAGCUGUUCUGCAGCUUCCGCUGGUGACUGUUUCUGUCGCUGUGUGGGACAUAUUGGAGCUGUAGAGGAAACCUGCAGUCCUCAGAAAUAGUGCCAGCAGUGAAUCUGCUCAAGGGAGAAAUCAGAUCAAUAUAUGAAAUAACUGGGAAAGCUUCAGGCUGGAGAAUAUCUGAAAUGUUUCCCCUAGGCUUCUUGGAGUCCAGAGUCCAGAGCAGAGAGCAGACCCCUUGCUCUAAAAACAAAUGAGUUAAAGUUACUAAUUAUCCACUGAACAAGUAAAGCAGUGCCAGGAAACACCCAUUAGUGCAGAAUGCUUAGGAAAAGGAAGUGUUAACCCUGUGGUUGGAAGAGCCACCUGUACCAUUUAAGAGAAGCCUCUAGAGGAAGUAGCAAGUGGAUAGCGUGGAGCAGAGUUUGAGAGGGAGUUUGUGCCUACAGGUAAACCAUGGGAGCUCU